AAAAUGUAUGGGGAACUUCUCAAUUCAACCACUGCAUCCGAUCCCCACCUGAUCGUUCAGACCAACACUCCCUAUCCAGGGAGCACCCACAGACCUAUCAGCUCUUCGGGUUUUUACAUGUCCACAGCCAGAGUGUUAAAAGAAGGUGAAAUCAAUAAGCCAGACUUGGUGACAUAUGUGGUCCUGUUCUUCCUCCUGCUCUUGGCUGUCACCAUCAUUGUACUUUUUAUUAACUGCCAGCUGAAACAUUCUUUUUUUGCGACACUUCCUUAUGAUCGAUCCCUGCGAGAAGCUAGGAGCCCGUGGAAAACGCAAGCUGUCUGAUCUUUGGCAGUAAGAAGGGUGCGGGGAAGGUCUAAGCUAAGCUCUGUUCUGACCAGGAGGAUCUGGUGAACUCUCUUAUGCAAUUUGUCAUGGGGAUAUAAAGCCAGCUCUGUACAAAUUAAGAUUUUCUCUUCCACAACUAACAUCAAUACGAAACAUGCUCUGAAAGAGA